AUGGAAGGCGCAUAUCGGGACAAAUAUUCUUUUGUUGAUACAAGAAAAUUAUUGCAUAAAGAUGUUCAAGUAACAUUUGCAAUGAUCAAACCUUUACCAACAAAUAUUGUAGGAAAAAUAUUAAACCAUUUACAUGAGAACGGAUUGCGUAUAACCAAAAUGAAGAAGACUAGACUUACUGCUGAUGACAUUAAUAUAUUGUACAGAUCUCUUAUAGGAGAUCCUACAUUUCCUUUCUUAUUAGAACAUCUGAAUGAGCAGCUGGUGUAUGGCAUGGAGUUGGUUGGGAAGAAUGCAGUGUCACAUUGUCUUAAAAUUCUAGGCCAUAAAGAUCCACUCAAAGCUGAGCCUGGCACAAUAAGAGCUUUGUAUGGCUCUGAUUCAGUAAAAAACUGUGUCCAUGCAGCCUCUAAUUCAGAUGCUGCAUUACAGGACAUAGAGUAUUUUUUUCCACCAGCACCAUUACAUGCCAUGCGCCUUCGACUCACAGCUUCUUUGUCUAAUUGUACUCUUUGCAUUGUAAAACCGCAUGCAAUUCGUGAAGGUAAAUUGGGAUCUGCUUUAGAAAUUAUAGAUGAAGGGGGGUUUGAAGUCACAGCACUGAAUAUGUUUAUGGUUGAGAGUGAUAAUGCUGCUGAAUUUUAUGAAGUAUACAAGGGUAUAGUUCAAGAAUAUAAGGGUAUGGUUGAAGAGUUGUCAAGUGGUCCAUGUGUUGCUAUGGAAAUAGUAUCUAAAGAUAAAAGUCUUAAUACUGCAGUAGAAUUUAGAAAACUUGUAGGUCCUGUAGAUCCGAUUGGA